CAAUGUAACAAUGUUCUUCUCUUUUAAUCAUGUUCCUCUUCGCGUCUCAAAACUGGAUCUGGAUGCGAGACUUUUCUUUCUUUCUCUGGAUGCGGGACAGUAUCGCUGCUGGCAUCAUAGCUCAGUUAGUGGAAUGCUUGUCUAGCAUUCACAAGGUCCUGGGUUCGAUCCUCAGCACCACAUAAACUAGGCGUGAUGGUGCGUGCAUACCUCUAAUCCCAGCACUGGGGAAGGGGAAGCAGAGUGACCAGAACUCCAAGGUCAUCUUCAGCUCCGUAGUGAGAUUCAGACCAGUCUGAACAAGAGACUCUGACCUUGUCGUAAGAGGGGGGAAGGGAGGAUGGGAAGGCAUUUCAUUGUUAUCCAGGCUGGCCUUGAACUCCAGGGCUCAGCCUUGGAAGGCUAGGCUGCCGUGUGCACCACCGAAGCCAGCACAGAUAGGGGCUUGAGAGCUUUGGAGUCAUGUUGUUACGGAAUCCUGGGAACCCUAAACUCUGGAGUUUUGUAGUCAGUGCUAUCCUCCGCCUUCAAACCCUCAGGCCCAGGAAGAGAAGCCUAGGAGAUGAGGGCACGAGGGGAAACCCAGAGCCACUUGCUCCAGGAAGGUACCUGAUCCCUGGGAGCUGUUGUUCCUUCCUCUGCAGCGUGAGAGUGGGAAUAGACAGUUUGGGGCUAAGUAGAGCCUUUGGCCGGGCUGCCAGGGUCUAAUCUGUGCACCUUUGCUAGCCCAGCAGUCUUGGCAAAUUUCCCAGCCUCUAGUUGCCUCCCGCUUUGUCUAUCAGAUGAUGGAAAUGGCCACCACAUGCCUUAUGUGUCAUAAUGAGAAUUAGAGGGUAGCCCCAGCCAGAAGGGUUCUCUGCUGGUGAGGUGGGAAGAGGGCUGUGGGAGUGGGAUUGGGGUGACCCUGUGUAGUGAUGCCAUUUUAUAGUACUGUUGGGCUCUUGCAGCACUGCAGACUCCAGGGAAACCAUCCAGGCCCAAGCUGUAGUGCCACUGUGGGCCUUGACAUCAGCGCUGAGGUGACUGAAGGGAUCCAGGUGACAGGAACAGGUGCCCACAUCAUAGAGUACAGGGAACCUUUAGUGGUCCUGUGCCACCUGUAACCACCCCAGAGGAAGGGGGCCUUACUGCCUUGAAUCUACUGGCCUCUCUGUAUUGGCACAUGUGGGGAGGGGACAGGGCAAGGCUCCUUAUUAAAAGAUGGUCUGGCAGGCCUGCAGAGGCCUUGUUCCACUUGGUCCUGCUGCAAAGCUUGGCUCACCCCAAAUAAACAGAUACCCCUGUGUCUUGAUUAUCUGCUCUAUGCUGGGCCCUUUGGGAGCUUCUCUGGCCUCUGUCUACUCUCGAAGAAGCCCAAGAGGUUGUUGUGUUUCUGCCCAGUUAGCAGAUGGGUAGACUGAGGCCCAGGACUAGCAAGGAAAAGGGCCAGGGCUCAGACCUGGGUCUCUGUAGCCAGCCACUUGACACUUGCCAUUUUGGUUUGCUUGUAGAUAAGGACAAGAUACCUUACCAUCAGGGGCUACCAUGUGGGCUCCCUGGAUCCCAGCAUCAGUUGCAUGCAUUUGUGUUUUUUUUCUAGAAGGUUCUCAAAGUUUGCUUGCUGGACUGGUUGAAGGCUGUCAUUAAAUUUUAAAAUCAUUUGUCCAGCAAAGUGAGUGGACUUGCACCCGAGAGGACAGUCCAGGAGGACACCCAGCCUGGAAGACAGCCCCCUUAGCUCUAGUCCCAAGUUCUAGACCUGGCUCCACCCUCAACACCCUCUUUGAGUUUGAGGAGUUCUUACUGUCUGUGCCUCAGUUUUCUCAUGUAAAACAAGCUUUCUACCCUGUGUGGCUGCAGAGUGUGACGGGAGCAGCCUGCAGUACUGAGAGCCAGCAUAACCAGUCUUGGCCUUAGGAACAUUCUAGAAAGACAGAUCACAGGCACAUAGAUCUGCUUCUAUUUUGCCCUCUGCAGAUCCUGUAAGGUUGCACUAUGGUGACACCACUGUACAGAUGAACAUGGAGCAGUGAGGCCAGUAUCUACAUCCAAGGUCACGCUGCCGUGAGAUAGUCUGACUCGGAUGAACAACCGAAGGCCAUCCACCAUGGCUACUUCUUGGUAGAGAGACAUGGCUCUGGCUUGAUUAUUCUGGUUGGGAGGGAGCUGACUCCUCUAGGAUUGUCAGUCUAGGACGUGGGUAGUCACAGCCCUCGAUUCGAUUUGUAGCCUUAACUGUACCAGGGGAAGAUAGAGCACAGCUCUGGUCCUGCUGCAUGGGUGGGGCCAGGAGGCUCCUCCCACUUACAUCAUUCACAGCUGUAUCCAUCCUGCUUCUCUUCAGCCAGGCCUGAGACAGAGGGAGAUGCCAACAAGGAGUGUAAAUAGGAUGUGCCCAAGGACCCUCUGGUGGGCCAGUUCCUUGUCACUGGUGACACCAGCCUAUUCGUGCCGCACAAGGGCUGGAAGGAGACUCCAGCCUCACUUUGCCCACACCCUCAGACCAAUGCCAUUAUUGCGAGAGUUUGGGUUUUGUUUUCAGAACCAUGUCUUAUCCUGUAGCCCAGGCUGGCCUGGAACUCACUAUAUCACCCAAGCUAACCUCAAUGUCUCAGCAAUCCUCCUGCCUCAGACUCUCAUGUACUGGAAUUAUGGGGUGAGCACUAUUAUUCCCAGCUUCUGGUUCCUUUCUUUCUUCCUUCCUUUCUUUUUUCUUUGUCUGUCUGUCUGUCUGUCUGUCUGUUUUUCCAGAUAAGGUUUCUCUCUGUGCAGUCCUGACUGUCUUGGAACUCUCUUUCUGUAGACCAGGCUGUCCUUGAACUCAGAGAUCCACCUGCCUCUGCCCCCCAAGUGCUGGGACUAAAGGGAUGUGCCACCACUGCCUGGCAUGGGUUUUUUUUUUUCCCAAUAGAUCCUGGAAAGGGCUAGUGUCUACAGUGCCCAGCCCAUGUAUGUCAUCAGGCGACACCUGAGUGUGUCCUGCUUUUUCAUACGGUGUCAUCCCAGCCUCCUCCCUGUCUUUAGACAGUGCCCAGCCUCCCGCUCCUACCAUGCCUGAAUUCUUAGCCAGGCAACACCCUGCAUCCAGAACAUUCUGUAUGUCACACACCCCUUUGUGGGAUCCCCAUGUCACAGAGAUGUGACAGUCCUCUGCAUCUCAGGCUCUGCCAAAUGAGACCCAGAACUCUGUAUCUCAGAGACCUCAGAAGGAGUGAGCCUUAGAUGGGACGUCAUGGAAGGUGCCUAGCAAGCUGGAAAGGCCUUGGUGGUGGCUGCUGUCACCCUGAGCUAUAUUGGCGGUAGCCUUUCUACCGUGCUUGUCCCCGAAACAAGAGGCUGGGUUUUACAUUCCGUGCCCACCUGACUCAAUGCAGUUUCCCGGCUAGAGUGAGCCUCCAUAUGCACACAGCCACACUGCUUACAUACAACCUCAUCUUGUCCCCAUCACUGGGGCACCUUAACUCUAUUUUUGAGUCUGGCUCCAAAAUAGACUUUCCUGGGAUUAUGUGACAGGAAGGGGCAUCCAGGAAGGCUUCCUGAAGGAGGUGGCUGGCACUGAGCUAGCAGGAUAGCAGGGCUGAGUCUGGCUGGCAUUCUAGGUAGAGUGAAGAAGGGAGCUUCAUGUGAGGGGCGUGGCCAAACCUAGCCUCAGCAGGGUUGAGUGGGGUGUAGACAUUGUGUGCUGAGCUGUGCCAAGAUUCCCUGAAGUCAUCUUGGGUCAGAAGUGAAAGGAGAUGUCUCAGAAAAAGAAAAAGUGGUGUGACUGGCUAUUCACACCACUUCAGGCCUGGACAGGAAGGGGUGUACUUUAGGCUUCAGGGCUUCGGGCAACCGCCUGGGACCUGCUCCGUAAGCAUGAUAAAAUAUUUAUCGGGAGCCAGGCAGCUGGGCUUCCCUGCGCAGGCUGCCAUGGGCAGCUCCCACCGAAGCUGGCUGCAGCCUCCCCAAGUUCCGCUGAGUCACAGCCCGUGAGCCCUCUGCCCAGCCCACCUGCUUGCUGUCCUGUGGCCACGUGGAUUCCUCAUAAUAUGUAAGCCAUUGGGUAGCCCCAAGACCUGGGCACCCAGAACAGUGAAUGCUGAGCCAACAUCAAACCGCUCUGGACUGUGCAGGCCUCCGCCAAGGUCACAGGCAGACAGGCCAAGGGUACCCCUUCCCUCGCCCACCCUGCAGCUUCUGGCUCCUGAGCAAGGUUGAAGUUCAUGAGUUCGCCCAGCCUCAGUGACCUGGGCAAGAGGGAGCCGGGCGCGGCGGGUACGGACGAGCGGGGCACGCAGCAGCGCCGGGCCUGCGCCAACGCCACCUGGAACAGUAUCCAUAACGGAGUGAUCGCGGUCUUCCAGCGCAAGGGGCUGCCCGACCAGGAGCUCUUCAUCCUCAACGAGGGCGUCCGGCAGCUGCUGAAGACGGAGCUGGGGUCCUUCUUCACUGAGUACCUGCAGAACCAGCUGCUCACGAAGGGCAUGGUGAUUCUUCGUGACAAGAUUCGCUUCUACGAAGGACAGAAGCUGCUGGACUCAUUGGCGGAGACCUGGGAUUUCUUCUUCAGUGAUGUGCUGCCAACCCUGCAGGCCAUCUUCUAUCCUGUGCAGGGCAAGGAGCCGUCGGUGCGCCAGCUCGCCCUGCUGCAUUUCCGGAACACCAUCACCCUCAGCGUGAAGCUGGAGGACGCGCUGGCCCGCUCUCACGCGCGUGUUCCCCCUGCCAUCGCACAGAUGCUGCUGGUACUGCAGGGGGUACAUGAGUCCAGGGGUGUGACUGAAGACUAUCUGCGCCUCGAGACACUGAUUCAGAAGGUGGUGUCGCCGUACCUGGGCACCUAUGGUCUCUAUUCCAAUGAAGGACCUUGUACCCAUUCCUGUAUCCUCGAGAAACGAUUCCUACGCCGCUCCCGCUCUGGGGAUAUCCUAGCCAAGAACCCAGUGGUGCGCUCCAAAAGCUACAACACUCCCCUGCUCAAUCCUGUGGCCGAGCAUGAAGCAGAAGGCACAGCAGCCAGCGGCACGAGCAUCCGCAGACACUCAGUCUCCGAGAUGACAUCUUGUCCGGAGCCCCAGGGCUUUGUGGACACGCCUGGCCAGGGCCCUUCGGGGACCUUCCGGUCUUCUCCAACACCCCACUCAGGGCCUUGCCCCAGCAGACUAUACCCCCCUGCCCAUUCCCCGGAACAGGGCCCAGGCCAUGGCUCCCCAUCCACCUCCAGCCCAGAGACUCUUGUGGACCAGAUCCUGGAGUCCGCGGACUCAGACUCGGAAGGGAUAUUCAUUGACUUUGGGCGGGGAAGUCGCUCCAGUGUGUCUGACUUUGAGGCACCGGGAGGCCGGCCAAGUGUUGUGUGAUGGCCUGAGACUAGUUCAUGUUUUUACUGAGCCCUGUGUGUUUGCGUGCCUGUGUAUGUGUGUAUGUGUGUGUGUGUGUGUGUGUGUGUGUGUGUGUGUGUGUGUGUGUGUGUGUGUGAGAGAGAGACUUGUUACUCUUGCCAGCCCCCGUCACUGCCUCAAGUCACUUUAUACUCCCAGUCUGUUGGAAAACCCAUCCACCACCCCUGCUCACCCGGACUGAUUGGGACCCCCAGUUGGCACUGCCCAGAUGCAUACUCAACCACCUGGAGGAUGGAUGGGGUCACCAUGUGCCCUCCUGCCCACCCCACCCUUGGUGCCCACACUUACCCAGGAAAAUGUGAAACCAGCGGGCUCUGCCUAUGCCAGCCCAGCCUGGCCUCCGGAGUGACGGGACUCAAGCCACAGUCAGACCUGCCUGCCUGCCUCCCUCUGCUCUGGGUGGCCACAAAAUAGGAAGGCAUGAAAUAAAUUUACAGCCCCAGACUCCUGUCUGCCCCCUGGUGUCCUUCUGGGACCUCCCCCCACCCACCCAACCACCCAACUUCCCUGACUUCGCUUUCCUGUCAGUCGCAUUCCCAGGCUGGGGCCAAGGCCGCUUGUUCUUAGGUCCAGUGUUGCUAUGUCAUCUUUUUUUGUUUGUUUGUUUUUUUUGAGACAGGGUUUCUCUGUAUAGCCCUAGCUGUCCUGGAACUCACUUUGUAGACCAGGCUGGCCUUGAACUCAGAAAUCCUCCUGCCUCUUCCUCCCAAGUGCUGGGAUCAAAGGCGUGCGCUACCAUGCCUGGCUAUUGCUAUGUCAUCUUAAUGGAAGGGCCUAGAGCACAUAAGGAUGUCCCGAGACCUUAAUGAGUGAUACUUAAGCCUAAGACGAACCCUGAGAGUCCCUGGUCCUGGCCCUGGCAUAGGCAUUGACCCCAUGCAGCCAGGAACAGAAAGGGGUCACGAGAUCUACUGAUCCUGCUCUUUGUUUGGUAAGAGUGGGAAAUCGGGCAGAGGCAGAGGCAGGAUGGCCAGAUCUGGCCCAAAAAUAGGACAGGAGGCAGCUAUUUAUGCUUGUGGGCCCAUGGGAUCUGCUGGAGAUAGAGGAUGGAAAAGCUCCUCCCAACCCUGAGUGGGAGAAACAACCUGUUCCAGCCGGGGGUGGCCCGCUCGAGCUUCAGUGUUCCCUCUAAGAGCACAUGGUCACCUCACAGGGUGUCUUAGGGUUACUGUGCUGUGAUAAGGAAGUCAAGGCAAGAGCUUGGAGGCAGGAGCUGAUGCAGAGGCUGUGGGAUUGCUGCUUGUUCUCCAUGGCUUGUUCAGCCUGUUCCCUUUGUCUUGUUCUGAAACAGGGUCUCUCAACAUAGCCUGGCUGUUCUGGAACUCACUACGUAUACUACGUAUACUAGGCUGGCCUCUGGCAACUCAUGGAGAUCUGCCUGCCUUGCCUCCUGAGUGCUAGCUAGGAUUAGAGGCCUGUCCCACCACACCAGGUCCAGCCUGUGUUCUUAUAAAACCCAGGACCACGAGCCCAGGGUUGACCCUACCCACAAUGGGCUUGGCCCUCACACAUCACACACCAAUUAAGAAAAUGCCCUACAGGCCUGUCUGCAGCUCUAGCUUAUGAAACACUUUGUCAAUUGAGGUUCCCUCAUCUCGGAUGACUCUAGCCCGUGUCAAGCUGACAUAAAACUGGGCAGCACGCAAGUGCUCCCCCAGGCUCGAGACACGCAGGGCAUCAGGCAGGAACCUGAAUCUGGAGAGAAAGCUCAAGUUCCUAGCUGGAAACUAGCAGCAUCGAUGGAGGCUCUCAGGAAAGCAAGAUAGGCCUGGGACCUGGCUUAGCUCUGCCACCCUGCCUCCCUCAACACCAUCAAAGUCAUUGUUAAACCUCACUACUCUGGAACCCCUCUGAGAGGUAGAAAUUGGAAUUAUGGGUAGAGAGUUCCGCUGCGUCGGCAGUUCUACUGUAAGCAGAAUGAAGUAUCUCGUUGCUACUUCAUAACUAUAAUUCUGAUACCGUUAUGAAUCAUAAUGGAAAUAGUCGAUAUACAGGAUAUCUGAUAUGUGACCCCUGUGAAAGGGUCACUGGGCCUCCAAAGGAGGUCAUGCCCCACAGGUUGAGAAACGACAGAGGAACAGAAUUGACAGAAUAUAUAUAAGAGGUAGGCGCUAAUGUCAGAGAAGGAAUGGUCUUGCCAGCGAGAGUAAAGAAGGUAAGCAGGCAAAGAGAGCAAGCUUCCUUCGUCCUGUCCCGUAUAUAGGCUGCUACCAGAAGGUGUGGCCCAGGUUAAAGGUGGUUCGUCCCACUUUAAAAGAUCCAGACUAAAAGUGGGUCUUCUCAUUUCAAGUGAUUUAAUUAAAAAAGGAAAAUAAAAUCCCUCACGAUUGUACACAGCAGUUGGGUUUUAGUUAACUUUAGUUAUAGUCAAAUUGACAACCAAAAAUAGCUGUCACACCAGGUGUACAGAGACAGGUGCACCAGGAUGUGACAUGCAAAUAUGUUGCUAGGGUGCCCCACCCACUCCUUGAAAGAGCCCUAAACCAGGCAGGUUCCUGAUUUGUGAACCUAUACCAACCGGCCUUGUGCUGGCUGAAAUGAGUUGUUUCAUGGUUUGUAGCCUCUCCUCCCCACUCCCUUUCCAGGCAGCUCCAUCUUUGUCCACUGAAACUCCCAGUGCCUGCCCUGUGUCCUAUUAGUUCCUAGGUCAGCACAGGGCAUGGGAUGCCCAGUGUGUGUGUUGGGGGGUGAGGGGCUCCCAGUGUCCUAGGCUGAUUCCAUGGUUUCUGUGGGCCCACCUUCCUCUGCAGACCUGCAAUGUGUGUUUCUGCCACCGGUGGGGUUGGGAGGCAGGUGUCACAAUUGACUGAUCAGAGAUUCCAGCACACAAGCAAAACAUACAAGAAGCCCACGCACUGCCCACUGUCAUGGGAAGGGACACCAGGCCCUAUCUAUUGGUCAUUGACUCUGAGCCCUAAUCCACUCUCCUUUGUGUGUAUGAGGUAGGGGUGGGGAUAUAGGGAACCCACAGGAAACAGCUGUUAGGAAUUUUUAUUUUUUUGUAAUGUUGAGUGGGGUAUGAUGGGUACGCUCGCCUUUAAUCCCAGUGCUUGAGAGACCAAGGCAGGUGGAUCUCUGUGAGUUCAAGGACAGCCUGAUCUACAUAGCCAGUUCUAAGCCAGCUCUAGUGACAUGACGAAACAAUGACCCAAAACAAUAAAAUGACAUUGGAAACAUGUA